GCGGGUCAGACGCGGCUGGCGGACGCGCGGUGCGGGCGCUCCGGCCGUGCCCGGCGGCGCCCACGCGGCUGCCCCGCGCCUAGCGCGGCCCGGGUAGGCGACGUCGGGGCCGGGUCGGCCCGGCCAUGCCGCUGGAGACGCAGGACGCGCUGUAUGUGGCGCUGGAGCUGGCCAUCGCCGCGCUGUCAGUGGCGGGCAAUGUGCUGGUGUGCGUCGCGGUGGGCACGUCGAGCGCGCUGCAGACGCCCACCAACUACUUCCUGGUGUCCCUGGCGGCGGCCGACGUGGCCGUGGGGCUGUUCGCCAUCCCGUUUGCCAUCACCAUCAGCCUGGGCUUCUGCACCGACUUCCACAGCUGCCUCUUCCUCGCAUGCUUCGUGCUCGUGCUCACGCAGAGCUCCAUCUUCAGCCUCUUGGCCGUGGCCGUCGACAGGUACCUGGCCGUCCGCGUCCCGCUCAGGUAUAAGAGUUUGGUCACUGGGCCCCGAGCGAGAGGAGUCAUUGCUGGCCUCUGGGUCCUUGCCUUUGGCAUCGGACUGACUCCAUUCCUGGGGUGGAACAGUAAAGACAGUGCCAUCAACAACUGCACGGAACCCUGGGAUGGAGCCACAAACGAAAGCUGUUGCCUCGUGAAGUGUCUUUUUGAGAAUGUGGUCCCCAUGAGCUACAUGGUCUAUUUCAACUUCUUUGGGUGUGUCCUGCCCCCACUGCUCAUUAUGCUGGUGAUCUACAUCAAUAUCUUCAUGGUGGCCUGCAAGCAGCUUCAGCGCACUGAGCUGAUGGACCACUCAAGGACCAUCAUCCAGCGGGAGAUCCAUGCAGCCAAGUCCCUGGCCAUGAUCGUUGGGAUUUUUGCUCUGUGCUGGUUGCCGGUACACGCCAUCAACUGUGUCACUCUUUUCCAGCCAGCUCGGGCUAAGGAUAAGCCCAAAUGGGCAAUGAACAUGGCCAUUCUCCUGUCACAUGCCAACUCAGUUGUCAAUCCCAUCGUCUAUGCCUAUCGGAACCGAGACUUCCGCUAUACUUUUCACAAAAUCAUCUCCAGGUAUGUUCUUUGCCAGACAGAUGUCCUCAAGAGUGGGAAUGGGCAGCCAGGGGUGCAGCCUGCUCUCGACGUGGGCCUAUGACCUAGGUCCUGGCCUCUUUAAGAAGGCAUAAAUUCACAAUAAAGGGACAGACAGGACGUGACCAGCUGAUUCCCAUUGUUAAAGACAGCUACACCUUGUAAGCAUAUGGGCUGCCUCUUUUAAGUACUCCCCUGGAGUCACCACAUACCUAGCUAAUAUGUACAUGUUAUUAGUAGGCUCCAAAGGCUCACAAAUGUAUUUAUGGUUCUUUCUGGAUGCUCCCACUGUGUGGAUGAUGCUGAUGGCUUGA